GACCUUACUCGGAGCCACCAUCUAUAUAAAACGGGUCCGUAGUACCACUUGCUCUCAUAUCUUUAUCACUUCUGACGUUUGGGCUCCCCAAUCUCUAUAUCGUUCUCUCGCUCUUUCUCUCUCCUAGGGUUAGGGAUUCGUCGCCGCUCUCCUCUCCGAACUCCGUCAAGAAACCAUGUCUUCUUCAAAGACUAUUGUGUUGAAGAGCUCCGACUCUGAGACCUUCGAGGUUGAGGAAAUCGUGGCCUUGGAGUCGCAGACCAUUAAGCACAUGAUUGAGGACGACUGUGCCGACACCGUCAUUCCUCUUCCCAACGUAACCAGCAAGAUCUUGGCCAAGGUCAUUGAGUACUGCAAGAAGCACGUCGAAACCCCCAAAUCCGAAGACAAAGCCGCCGAUGAUGACCUCAAGAACUUCGACGCUGAGUUCGUCAAAGUUGACCAGGGCACUCUUUUUGAUCUCAUCUUGGCAGCAAACUAUCUGAACAUUAAGAGCCUGCUAGAUCUGACCUGUCAGACAGUUGCUGAUAUGAUUAAGGGAAAGACUCCAGAGGAGAUCCGCAAGACCUUUAACAUCAAGAAUGACUUCACUCCAGAGGAAGAAGAGGAGGUUCGUCGGGAGAAUGCUUGGGCAUUUGAGUGAAUCAUGAAACCUUUGCAAUAUCCAUACCGCUGUAGGAUUGAGUACCUUUUAAUAGUUUCCAUGUGCACUUUACUUAUGCUAGUAAAUAUGUGGUGUGUCCUUGCUUUGUGGAAACUGCAGACCUCCACUUUUCUUGUGAUUUGCCAAAGAUAGAACUCCUUUUGGUGUGAUAAUCUAUGCCUGCAAGGUUUCUUUGAAUUUUUUGCUUGUUUAUGAUUCUUUAUUCGAUGGCUUCCUCAUUGAUACACUGUUUGCUGAUCUGUUCAUUCAAUGAAUUCGUGGAGAAGCCGAUAUCAGCGGC